AUGACGUCAGCAAGAACAAGAACAAGAAGAUGGAAGUGUGGCGACGGGAAGCCGCACGUGGCGACUGAUGGAAGUGUGGUUUGUUAUGACUCAGAGGGAGGUAAGUGGGAUGUGGGGAAAACGAAGAUGGGUUCUUGUUGGUUUUUGGAUUCUUAUUGCGGGGUUGAGAAUGUUUUGUACUCUGUUUAUAAUGGGAAGUUUAGAUGGUAUGAUGGUGAGGUGAAUGUUUGGAGAGGUGUUGAGGGUUUGGUCGGAAUGCCUAAGUUUUUGCCUGGUGUUUCGGUUAGAUUGUGUGAUUAUGGUUGUAAGAUGAUUGUCGUGUGGGAUGAGAACAUGCUGUCUAGUGGCGAGAGGAAGAUUUGGUGUGCUGAGAUUGAGCUUGAAAGGCGUGGAGAUUCGGAAAUUUGGGGAGAAGUUGAGUGGAUUGAUCAUGUGCUUACAGUUCCUAUAGGCUAUUAUAUUGUCAAGGCUCUUGCUGUUACCGUUUGA